AUGCUAGACGAUAUUUUCUCAAGAUUCGGCAAUCCAAAAAUUCUGGUUUCGGAUAAUGGCUCGCAAUUUGUUAGCGCCCGAUUCAAGCAAUUCUGUGACGAAGCUGGAAUCACCCACUUGACAAUUGCGCCCUACCAUCCACAGUCUAAUGGACAGGCUGAGCGCUUCGUGGACACUUUGAAAAGAGGACUCAAGAAGUUACGAGAGGGAGCAAAUCCAGCAACUUUCCUUUCCGUUUACUGGUCCACGCUUAAUCGAAGUGCUCGUGAUCAUAAGUCACCUGCAGAGCUUUUUCUAGGUAGACCCCUCACUACUACACUGGAUCUUCCUAAGCCCCGAAAAUCAAGCACACCAGCUGUAAACAGUGCAACCCUCGAGGUUGCAAUUAACCCAAAUUUGUGUAAUAAACGCCGAGCGUGUAAAGAUAUGUUGCUUGUCAGUGUGUAG